AUGGUGCUCGAAAUACGCGUUACCGAUCCGUCGGAAAAAUCGAUCACACCGGAGCGUGUGAAACCUUUGGCGGAGGAGCUGGAAGAUCGUAGGAACAACAACAGCCGCCAUUCGCCCGGGCGUACAACGGUACGAAUCGGGCGCGAUGAGCUUGAAGCGAUCAAGACGAACCUGCUCAACACGAACGAGGUGACGUUUAGCACAGUGCUGGACACGGAUCUUGGGCCACCCGCGUCACCCGGACGUGGCAACUAUGGCAAGAACUUAAGCAUGGCACAGUUAAAGGUGCCCGGUGUUGGUGCUGCGAGUGCUGACGGUGGUGAGGAUGGCAAAGAUGGUGGUCGCCGUACGCGCUUGAUUUCGGAACAGUCGGAAGCGGAUUCGAUACUGUCAUCGUACCACGAACCGGAAAAGAAGAAACCGCCCAAAAUCCCUGACGGUGGCUAUGGGUGGGUGAUCGUGUUCUCGUCGUUUAUGAUCUCGCUGAUCAUGGACGGUGUGUCGUUUUCCUUCGGAUUGAUCUACACCGAGCUGCUCGAUUACUUUGGCGAAUCCAAAUCCAAGACGGCUUGGAUCGGAUCGCUCUUCAUUGCUGUGCCACUGCUCUCGGGACCGAUCAUGUCCAAUCUGGUGGAUCGGUACGGUUGCCGGAAAAUGACCAUGCUUGGCGGAUUUAUCGGUGGAAUGGGAUUUGUGCUGGCUUCCUUCUGCCAGUCGGUUGAACAGCUUUACUUCACGUUCGGUAUACUGUCCGGCGUAGGGCUCGGUUUUGGUUACGUUACUGUUGUCGUCUGUGUGGCGUUCUGGUUCGACAAGAAGCGUACCUUCGCGACGGGUAUCGGUGCAUCCGGUACCGGUAUCGGUACGUUUGUGUACGCACCACUCUGCCAGUGGUUGAUCAACAACUUCGGAUGGCGUGGCGCGACACUUAUCCUUGCCGGAACGCUCUUCAAUAUGGUCGCCAUGGGUGCGCUGAUGCGUGAUCCCGAGUGGAUGAUCGAGGAAAGCAAGCUGGAGAGUCGGGCCCAAAGCAUCCAGACGUUCUCCAACUCGAGUGUUUACCUGGACGAGAUCAAGAAGCUCAUCGAGACGGGCAUCCCGAAGGAGCACGUGCUGGACACGCUCGUGACGAAUGUCAAUACGGAAGCGAAUCAGGUCAUCCCACCGGAUGAUUCCGCCAUUAACAAGCGGUACCAGAGUGAGGUUGCGCUGCCUACGUUCUUUAGCGAGCAGGAACAGCAGGGUGCGCGUGGUACGGGCAAUCUGCACGCCAGCAAUCGCUCGCUGCGUCACAAUGUGCUUACGAAGGAAGCGUUCAAGCGCAGCGGUCGACUGGUACAGGCGAAGGCACGGCUAGCCAGCACGGAAACACUCAACUCGUACGAGAAGCUUUCCGACGAGGACGAUGACGAUCAUCAGCAGGAGCAUCCGGAUGGCAUUAGCCUUGGAAUUCGUGCUUCUUUGAAAACCUUAAGCGUAGCCUCACUGGAGGAUGGUUAUCUGAGCGUAAAACGACAGCAAGAACUGCACGUAAAGGCGGGUGGAAGUACGUGGUCUCUAGAUGAACUUGCGCUCGCUGGAUCGCUUGUCGUUCCCGUCCCGAACAGCGAAGGUGCGCCCAAUAGUGGUGAUGGUAGUCGGGCGGAGAAAUGUCGCAGCUUCCGGGGCAAUUCGCUCGAUGUGGUGUACGAGAACGAAAUCUUCAACCCGAACGUGGACACUAACGUUACGCUGGUAGUGCCGAAGCAGACGAAACUGUUGCACCAACGAUCGGUCGCACCGCGUGGUGGUGGGCUCAAGAAGCAACAUUCACUAGGACGCCAGCAUUCGAUGCGCUACUCGAACUUUUACAAAGAUAUGCGCCUGCACCGGAACUCGAUUCAUUAUCGUGGCGCGCUGCUGAACACCCAUCGGUACCGGUUGAAGGCGUCCUCGUGCCCAAACAUUUCUCGCAACUCGAUGACAACGAUCGCGAAGGAACAGGAUGAGCCAUGGUACGGUAGCUUCAUCGAUACGCUGAAAUCGAUCUUCGAUUUUUCGCUCUUCUUCGAGUUCCGGUUCGGUAUGCUCGCCAUCUCAACGCUGCUUCUGUUCGUCUGGUACAUCAUUCCCUAUUUCUAUAUCCCCGAGUAUGUGCUGAACUACAAGUUCAGCGAGCAGGAUGGUGCGAACCUUAUCUCUGUGAUCGGCAUUACCAACACGAUCGGUAUGGUCGGACUCGGCUGGCUCGGUGAUCGACCAUGGGUGGAUGUGUCCAAAACGUAUGCCGUCUGCCUCGCAUUGUGUGGUGCCUCGAUCUUUGUCAUGCCUUGGGCCAUCUCCAGCUACCCGGCAAUGGUUGUCCUGUGCAUCAUCUUUGGCUUCACCUUUGCCAGCACGUUCUCCUUCACGCCCAUCAUCAUGGUGCGGUUAGUUAGCUUGGAUGAUUUUACCGUUGCGUACGGUUUGGUGCUGUUGGUGCAGGGUAUCGGCAGUCUGGUCGGUCCACCGAUUGCCGGCUUCCUGUACGAUGUGACCAACCGGUGGGAUGAUUCAUUCUACGCCGCCGGGUUCUUUAUCUUCCUGUCGGGUGUGUGCGCUUGGGCGAUCGGUUCGCUAAAACCAACGCCGGACAAUGAGGACGAGACGGACGACGGUGAGAAGGAAAGUGAAGCUCUCAGCUCCACGGUUACGGCCUAAG